GGUGAGCUAGCAGAGCGCUGCGGCGUCACCCGGGCCUGUAUCCGGCCAGAGCCUCGGUCUGGGAGGUGAUAGAGCCCAGCGGGGCUGCAGGGUGUGUGGGAUGAGGAGCUGGGCGAGAAGAGGCCGGGGCCGCAGCCUCAGACAGACUCAGGAGCCUGAAAUAAUCAGCCGAGAUUUCUGAUCCAGAACCGACCCACAAUCUGCCCCUACCCCCCCCGGUAUUCCUGGUGGAUUCUUCUUGUGUGAUCCGGUACAGCCGGCAGAGACCAGAUGUUGCCUGAUAGUAGGAAGAGGCGGAGGGACAAUGAUGUCUCCCAGCUCCCGCAGUCAAAGAGGAGCAGCGGGAGUCCCCCGGGGUUCCAGGACUGGGAAGCGGAGGCGGAGUCUUCUUCAGGGAGCGACAGCAGCAACAGUAACCUCAGCCUAGACAGAAGCGGAGCCUCGGACCACCUCCAGACUUUGGGCAGCUCAGGCCCCGCCACCCCGCAGCCGGUGUCCGCCCCCGAGCAGUCCGCUCUCAAUCAGGGACCCUACGUGCACAUCAAUCAGAUCCUGAAAGAGGCCCACUUUUCCAGUUUACAGCAACGCGGCUGCCCCUCCUCCUGACCUGCCUGGUCCGCGCUCCACCAAAAAAACAAAACAGGACCGGUCGCGUUCUUGGGACUCGCCGAUAAAAAAAAAAAAACCUUCCU